AUGCUCGGUUGUGGAUUUCCUUCAUUUUCAUUACCAUUAUGUUCUCAAUCGAUGAUGUCUCCAUGUAAUAUGUCCAUGGGACAGGCUUCUGCUAAUCCUUUUUCACUAGCACAACCUUGUCUUCAAAACUUUGUACAGCCUGGUAGUAUGAUGGUUCCUUGUGCAGCUCAGCCUGCAAUGGUUCCAACAGCUGUGCCAGUACCAAUGCCCGUAGCAAUAGAGCGUCCAUGUGCUAUACCUUUUCUACAACCAGUACCGGUACCAGUAGAACGUCCAUGUGCAGUACCUGUUCCUGUUCCAGUAGUACCGGCUAUGGAUGGAUGCCAAGUGCAUCAAUGUCAAACAUAUACAGAAUGUCGUAAAUGUCCAUCAUAUCGUCAAGUAGAAUAUAUUAUUGAAGAACCUGUAUAUAUACGACGUUGUCGACGACGACGAUAUCGAUGUCGAUCAUAUUGUUGUUCUCAAACUCCUUUAGCACCUAUUAUUAUUCCAAUACAAGCACCGGCAGUUGUUGCACAACAACCUCCACUUCAAGUUAAAGAAUAUGUUCAAGAAAUUUAUCCACCUGCACAAGUUUAUACUGAACAAGUACCUGUUGGUUAUGCAAUUCAAAAUGUUGCAAUUCAACAACCAAAUAUAAUUCAAAAUUAA